AUGGGCGAGGACCACGACAACAGCCCCGGCGAGGAGCUGCCUCCACCUCUGCCUCCACGACCCUCCAUCGAAUCGAGUGCGUCGAUAGAUGCUAGAAUGGCCAUGGCAGCUGCUACCACCGCAGUCACGCCGCUCGACAUCCAGACCCUAUCCUUCCCAGAUGGCUCACGCGGCACUUUUUCGACGCCGGGCACCAGAGCCGUAUCGACGCCCGUCCAGUCCCCUAAGAGCGGACAGGCGACGCCCACAAAGACAUUGGCUGACAGAGAAGACUCCAUGAGCAUCGCGAGCUUUUCGCCCACGCUACGGCCACCCAACGACAUUGCCAGCCUGCUGGUAGGAGAGUUCAAUAAGAGAAGCCCUGCAUGGAACCUGCUCAGGUCACAAUCGGCAACCGUACCACCGUUUGAAACUCUGAGGAUGGACGACGCGACUCGCAAUCUAGCCGGCUUCGCGCAAGAGUUCGACGACCUACCCGAUGGAUCGGAUGAAAGCGUCAAGGACGAAGACCGAGCCGCUAUGUGGAAAGAAAAGUUAAAGCACUACAUGAUCCUCUCAUCUGCCGGAAAGCCCAUAUAUAGUCGGCAUGGGGACCUAGGACUGAUCAACUCGUCCAUGGGUGUCAUCCAGACACUCAUAUCUUUCUACGAAGGGGCCAAGAACCCGCUAUCUGGCUUCACAGCCGGUAACACGAGAUUCGUCAUCACAACACAGGGGCCGUUAUACUUCGUGGCCAUCAGCCGGCUCGGAGAGAGUGACUCGCAGCUGAGGGCACAGCUUGACGCCUUAUAUAUGCAGAUUUUAUCGACACUCACAUUACCGACACUGAAGAACAUCUUCGUACACCGCCCAUCCAGCGACCUCCGGAAGCCGCUGGAGGGCACCGAGCCCCUGAUUUCGUCUCUCGCCGACAACUUCACAAAGGGCUCGCCGUCGGCCCUUCUCGGGGCUCUGGAAUGCCUCAAGCUUCGCAAGUCCCAGCGGCAUGCCAUCAAUAACGCCUUUCUCAAGCAGCGGACAGAAAAGCUCCUCUACGGCCUCAUCGUAGCCGGCGGCAAGCUCGUCAGCGUCAUCCGCCCGCGCCGACACUCCCUACACCCCAGCGACCUGCAAAUCAUAUUCAAUAUGCUGUUCGAAUCGGGCGGCAUCAAAGCCGGUGGCGGCGAAAACUGGAUCCCCCUCUGCCUGCCCGCGUUCAACAAUCGCGGUUACUUGUAUAUGUACGUCAGCUUCUUUGAUGGCGUCGACGGCGAGCAGGCCACGGGACAGAACCCGCCGGCAGCAAACACCGACGAAGAGCUGGCCAUCAUCCUCAUCAGCCCGGACAAGGAGUCAUUCUUCGAGCUCAAACAAAUGCGAGACGCCGUCGCCGCUUCUCUGGCGAAGUCUGGCCACCUCGCACUGAUCCAGGCCGCCGCACGCGCCGGGCGGCCCAAGACGACGGACAUCGCGCCGGGCGGCCAAAUAUCCCACUUUCUAUACAAGUCCCGUGCAAACGUCCAGUUUAGCAUGUCGGCCCUCGACCCCGUCUUCUCCGCCCUCAUUGCCCGCCGUCGUCUCAUGGGCCUCUACCAUCAACUCCACGCUGCCGUCCACGCGAAACACUCCCACAUGCGCGUCCUGCACUCUGUCUCCGAGGACGCGACCUCCCUUGCCUGGAUCACCCCGAUAUUCGAGUUCUACUGCGUCGCUGGGCCUAACGUGUCUCGCGCCGUGCUGACCCAAGGGGCCAACAAGGUUAUUCAGUGGGCCCGUCGCGAGGAGGAACGAAUCUUCAUCAUCGGCGGAGGAGUAUUUUGA